CAAAAAACGGUAAAUCAAUAAAAACAUAAAAUUUAGUGCGCAAGGAGAAUGCAGCAGCAGCAGCAGGAACAGGAACCAGACCGAGGCGCAACAACAAUAGUCCCACGCGUAGGCAGAGAGCAGCAGAAUCAAAAGCUGCACCAGGAACAAUAUAAUCAGCAGAGAAAUAACGAAAGGAAAGAAGGGGAAUUGACGAAGAAUUAGCUGUUUCCUGGUCGCCUGUCGACAGCAGAAGCAUCAGUAGCGGGGAGUGUAGAAAGAGCAGGAAGAGGAACAACAAAAACGGAACACACAACAGCACACAGACGCAUACACACACACACACACACACACACACUAGAGAAUACCAGGAGCAAAAGAAGAAGGAGCAGCAGCUGAAGCAGAGGGAUUUCUGAAAGAUUCACCGUUAGCUAGUGAACGCAACAGCAACAGCAACAGAGAAACACAGCCAACGUAAUUUUUGUAGUUUAGAGCAGAGGCAGCGACUGAACAGAAGAACCGACGGAGUAGAGAGAAAUAGAGAGAGUGCAAUCAGAGAGAGAGAUCACGAUGUAUAAAACAAUACGUCACGGCGAGAACAGCCUGCAAUACACGAUUCUACCGCAAAACGAUGACUUCCGCAUCGAUGGUAAACUGUCGGCUGCCUCCUCGUCCUCCUCGUCGUCAUCCACCGCCACGUCCAAGCGCAGCUCGGCGGCGGGACAGCGACGACGGCGCUCUUUCUUCGCCUACCUGGGCCUGAUCUUCGUCUGCACCGUGAUCAUUGGCGCUGUCCUCAUCCCCUUCCUGGUCUCCGCCGAGUGUCUGCCCAAUCCCACGGAAUGGUUUCUCAAGACCAAGGCGGCCCUCACCCAUAGCCGGCCACCCACUGGAGCUGGAGUUGGAGCUGGAUCUGGAAAGGCUUUGCCGGGGACACCGCCCACCGGGUCGCCGAUGCUACAGCUAGGUCAGAGCGUGGGAAAAACAGUUAAGAUUGUGAACCGGAAUGGAAUCGAACAGUUUGUACUGAAGGUGAACAAAACGGUCCUGGCGUCCACCACAGGAACAGAGGAGCGGCAGCAGCCGCUGACCCCCGGCAGCAGUACAACCACAACAACAAGCACCACUACAACUACCACUACCAUGGCGCCACAGACCAGCAGCAGAACCAGUACUACAACUGCACCCACAACCACAACCAGAGAGCAGCCACCGCCGCCUCAGCUGCUCGUUCCAGUCAGCACUUCCGAAUAUGCUGCCGUGGUCCCACCGCAAGGCCAGCAGCGCCAUCUGCCGGCCACCAUGAUCACCACACGAAUCAUACAGGUGCCGCUGCUAAAGUCGGCCGCCAAGAAGCCAAUCAUGCCCCCGGUCCUGGCCAAGACGCAGGGCCCUGCAGAGCAGCACCAGCAGGCCGCAAAAAUGGAGAAGGGCCAGAACAAGAGUAACAGCGACUGGAUAAAGACGCACUGGGCCUACAUAGAUCCCUCGACCUACUUCCAGUGGACCGGCUACAAGGACGAGGAUAGCGUGCUGCUGCCUGCCCUACUGGGAUUCGCACUCAUUGGCAUGAUUUUGAUCAUCACGGUCUGCCUGGUGGCACGCAACAAGCGCACCAUCGUAUCCUCGGUGCGCAAGCGGAAUCGUAAUGACAUUGAGGAGCAGGGAGCCGAAGAUAAUGCCACGCUGCUUACCACCACGAAUCUGUCGGAUGACGACUAAGGGAACUCCCGUGUCACAAGGAUCUCCGAGUAUCUCUUCUUUUUCGCCUGCUUAUCUAACGAUCCUUCGUUUGGUCCUUCUAUAUGGACGCAAACGCGUGCAUAGAAUGGGACACGUGCUUCGGAAGCAUUCGGAACCUUUCAAUAGCCCUUUCGCGAACGCCCAAAGGCCCCUUAUACCCAUCCCCAAGCAACUUUCACUGUUAUGUUUCUCUCCCGGAAGAAACCCCGAAAAAAAAACCAAAAACAAAAAAAAGACAAAGCUGAAGCUGAAGAUGAAGACUGUUUCUUGAAAGCUUGAACACACAAAAAUGAGCUAAAAGGUUAAUUUUCCCACAAAAAUGUCUUGAAAACUCGUUUUGAAACUCUUUCCAAAAAUGUUGCUUAGGUUGUGCCUAUGUCUUUCCGUGUGUGUGAGAGAGUGUGUACGUGUAAGUAUGUAUAGAUAUGCGUGUGUGUGAGAGAGAGAGCUUAUUUCCAUAAUCUAUAAAGAUAUAUACAUAUAUGUAUUUAUAUACUAUACGCACGGAGGAUGCUCGAUGAUGAUUAGAAUUCGAUGCUCUGAAAAAUUGUGGCUCAAAUAUUCCCAUUAUCAAAAGAGCUCUUUCAAGUGAAAUGGUGCAGUGCAGUUCGCUACUGUACGGACAGGUAUAUAUAGCAGUAUUAGGUGUGGAGCUAUCCAUAUACACCUUCAAUUCUGAAUCAAUUCGAUAACAUAGAUUUAGAGUUUAAGAUCUGUCUAUUUGAUAACAUGUAUUGGUAUGUUCUCGAAUAACUUCAAAAUUGAUAGUGUAUAAAAGAACUAAAUUCAAGUGGAAGAUACUCAAUAAUGUGUAUACUCGCCGUAUUUAAUGAUCGCAAAAACUCUCCCAAUUCCACAUGUCAUACAGUUCUGAGACGCACCGCACACCGUAGUUAAUUGAUGGAAAAAACUAUACAAAAUAACGUGAUGUCCCCAGGCAUCUCAAAAUGCUAACGUCGUCUCCCCCUUAACUUAUAAUUCGUGUGUACUCUUGAAACCAAAGAAUUCAAAUCAAAUGAAAACGUCCAGAAAUGAGAAAUACUUUUUUUUGUCGGUCUAGUUAAAAGGUGCUUCUAGUUAUCGGGCCUGGACUGUACUUAAAUUAUAGCACAAAUAUUGUACUACGAGCAGACGAAAAGCUUCUAAAUGCAUUUACCAUUAUCCGAAAGCAGUGACCGAUCCUCUAGAGCGGAGGAUUAGAUCCAGCCUGCAAUCGAAUCUCCAAAGGAUUCAUGUUUUGGAGCACCGCUUAAAGCCGAGCACCCAAAAAAAAAGACACAGUUGCUAAAUAAAAUGCAAAGGAAGCGGAAGCAGAGGCGAUCCAAGUAUUAGUAGAUGGGAGAGAUCGGAUCGGGAGAGUAUAACCAUGUAUGUAUAUGUAUGUGUGUAUGCAACACGCCGUAUAACUCUAUAUGUGGCUCUAUAUAUGUAUGUAUAACUGUGUACAACUGUGAAGCAUUGACAAGUAUUUGAGAUGAUCUGUAUUUUUGUAAGCGUAAUAUUUAGAGCAAGAACAAAUCCAAUAACAAAAUGAGAAAAUCCAAAGAAGCAACUAUUUAGCAUAAGAUUUUUCGGGGGCGGCACUCGCGCUGAAGAACACAAAAUAUUGAUUUGCUCAACAUAUUUACAUAUAUAUACAGACACACACCCCCACACACCUCUAUACAAAUUAUAUAUAUACCAUAUAUAUGUAUAUACAAUAUAUAUGUAUGUAUUAUGUAACGCAAAAGUAUAAGGCUUGCAUUUACAUAAGACGACGAUAUAGAAGAAGCAGGAUAUAUCCUCCAUAUGUAUAUGUUAUCACUAAUUUGCGAAGCUAAACAGUUAAGUCCAUAUACUAUAUACAAAAGGCAGCAAUCCAAUCCAGAUCCAACCAGAAUACGCAUACAUACAGCACACAAAUGUUGCCAUGGCCCAAAAGCGUGACAUUAGAUAUACUCGUAUAUACGAUUAUGAACCUAUAUAUAUAUGUAUGUACAUGUAUGUAUAUGUAUACACAAAACACACACUAUAUUGAAUGUUUUUGCUUGUUAAAGUGAAUAAUAAAAAAGAAAACUAAUUACAUGAA